AUGAAGGACAGAGUAUUAGGUGAGGAAGAAGAAAUGGAAGUGAAGAGCAUCUUGCGGAGGGCCCAGUCUCUCAGAAGUGUUUCCAGCGAUCAUGUCCUGUCCUGGACUGAAGCUGGACUUAGAGACAGGAAGAAGUCUGUCUCUCAGCUUGUGGCACAGUACCAAAACUCUCCCGGAAGAAAAGCCAAAGAAGUGGAUUCAGGAGAUGUAAAGCAUGAGCUGAACAUGCAGGUCACUCCAAUUCCUGUCAGUGAGAAUGAGAGCGAGACAAUAGUGAGGAAGACUGAGGUCAAAGAGAGGUCCAGGGUCUCUCCUCUCUCCCGCAGUUGGGCUGUGAUGAAGGACAGAGUAUUAGGUGAGGAAGAAGAAAUGGAAGUGAAGAGCAUCUUGCGGAGGGCCCAGUCUCUCAGAAGUGUUUCCAGCGAUCAUGUCCUGUCCUGGACUGAAGCUGGACUUAGAGACAGGAAGAAGUCUGUCUCUCAGCUUGUGGCACAGUACCAAAACUCUCCCGGAAGAAAAGCCAAAGAAGUGGAUUCAGGAGAUGUAAAGCAUGAGCUGAACAUGCAGGUCACUCCAAUUCCUGUCAGUGAGAAUGAGAGCGAGACAAUAGUGAGGAAGACUGAGGUCAAAGAGAGGUCCAGGGUCUCUCCUCUCUCCCGCAGUAAGUCUAUGGAGAGUCUUCCUCGGCACAGACCUACGGGCACCACAGCACUCAGGGCGCUCUUUGAGUCAAAGAUCACCAGUCAGCCUGAGUCCAAGAAGAGCAAGACGGCACUUGAAUCAGCGAGUGCUGAGAAAACCAAUAACACUACUCUUCCCAAUAACAAGGAUGCGGAGGACAGAAAGUUACAAGUAGAGGCAGAGGUUAAUAACAGCCAUAAUGAACUAGAGAAAGUGACUGAAGAGUUUCAAGUGAUUACAAAGAAUGCAAGAACAAACCGAUCUGAUAGAAGAAAGACCAUUUCUGGCAUUCAUAGUGAAAAAAUAUCCUCUCCAGAGGAGGAUAAAAGAAGGUCAGUCGCAGACUUCAGAGACAACUCGGCUCUCAACGGAUUGGAGAAACCGUCUAUUUCUGUCAAAGCUUUGUCUGCACUAUAUCUGUCAAAAGUGGCAGCUGCAGAACCUGCGGGAAACCUCUUGAAACCAGACCAGAAUAUCACUUCUCCAACUGGAAAAAGGCAGAACACAAUCAAGAUGGCUGAAGGUGCACAAAACAGCAUUGCAUAUGUACCUGAAUCAAAUCCUCCAAUAGACCAUCUGGAAACCAGCCCUGAUGAACAUGAAAGACCCUUUACAUCACCACCCCCUACAAGAGAAGCAAUGUCCAUUCAGCAUCAACGGCGACAGAAAUGCGAGCUUAGACGACUGCUAAAGCACACUUACCCUGAGCUGAAAAAUGUAGACAGUUUGGUAGAAGAGGAGUUGGCUGAUAUUCUUAACAUGGACCCAGACACAGGCACUGGACACCAGAGUGAGUUCCAGUCCAGGUGCUGGCUGUUUGAGAACCAUGAAAUCAAUUCAGUGGAUAUCCAGGAUCAAAAACUGCAGAUGAAAAAGGAGUUUCAAGAGGGGGACAUCAAGAGAAGCGUCUGCAUGUUUGAACAACCUACGUCUAACUCCCACAAUGAAGACAACAAACCUCAACUCAACAAAUCAGAGGAAGUGACAUCAGAGCAGAGCAUAAAGGUGGAUGUGAAAGCCACGCGCAGAAUGUUCGAAACUCAAUCGAUGGAUAGUCAAAACCCCUGUCCAAGGAAAAACAUUGUUUGUGAGGAAGAAAGUCGAUCACACCAAAAACCAAAGAGUCAAUUUGAGACUGACGGAAAAGAAACAUCAGACCUUCACAAUAACAGUCUAACCAAUGACCUCAUUGACACAAAUGAGGUGUUUGUAAGUAUAUCUAAAGCCAAACAGGUCUUCGAAACAGUAUCACAUGACAAGGAGAACAUCUCACCAACAAAUGACAACUUCGGCCAAGAACAAGAACUGCUGAAGGCAAAUGUAAGAAACAGAGCUCAAAUGUUUGAAUCAACUCCACUUGAUAAGAUCAAUCAGCAAACCAAGGAAGAAUCAGAAACCAUCCUGGAGAACACACAAGAAACUCUAGUUUCUUUAUGCAACUUCAGUAUCAUGCAUUCUGAUGGAACCAUCCUCGAAGCUAAUGAAAAUGGCAAUGUCAAAAAAGCAAGAUAUAACUUCAUACAAGAAGAUACAAGACCAGAAAUUCAGGAUGAAGAGAUAGUGACUGGAAGCAUAAAGAACAUCAUGCUUCAGAUGCUACCAGGAACAAACUUGAACCCAAUUGUGACCUUCCUAAAAGAGGACAGUCAGGGCAAUGUGGAGAUUCAGAAAGUAGAUGUCCCCAUUGUCCAACAACUUCCAUUCACUCGAGAUAAAGAGUGCAGAACUGCCAAUGUGGUGCAGAUUACUGAAGAUCUACUCAGUCAAGAGAAGUCCAUCAGAAAAGGAGUCUUAAUACAAGAUGGAGCCACAGGAACGAGAGAGAUAACUGUUUAUGCUCUAUUCAUCCACAGUGAAGACAGUACAGGGGUAAUGGAGUUUGGUCAAAUUGAUUUUAGAUCCAUUCCCUCAAGUCUAAGGAAUGUUCCCGAGUCUGAAAAUUGUGAUCUGAAGACAGAUAUUAGUUCAUCAGAAAGUUCUUCAGUAGUAGAUACAAACAAAACUAGUAAUGUGCAGCUAUUCCAGAGCUGCAUUGAGAAAGGAGACCUUGAUCCUCUAAAAUGCCUGCAGGAAACAUCAUCAGAUGUAGAUAUAGGUGCAUCUACUGGGGAAUCAGAGAAAACAAGUGAGAUUAUACCAGGUGAAGUUAACAGUAUCAAAGCCUUUUUUGCUACCAAUAUAGAUGACACAAGCAUGCAGUUGGAUAAAAACAAGUCAAAAGUGUCACCUAAAGAAAGUUUGGUAAAUAAUGAAAAUGAUGAUGCAGAAGCAACAAACCAAUCUGAACAUUGUUCUGACACAGAUGACCAUCUAAAAAAAGAAAGAAGUCUCCAAAAUCAAGAGAUCAUGGAUGAUGGAGUCGUUCUUCAAGCAGAACUAGUUGAUGUUGUUGAAGACGAUGAGUUGGUGAAUUUACAAACAGCCAUUAUGAAUCUUCAUCAGGCGACAAUAGAGGCAAAAGCUCUUCAGAAGAGUGUACAAGCAAAACAUGCCUCCCAAACAAACCAAACCCAACAAAUCUGUGAUUCUGGUUCAAUGACCCAUGAGUUUACACAUGUGAAAAACAAUGAUAAUGUAAGUGAAAAUGAAGAGCUCUCACAGUUUUCCAAAACUGAACUGGAAGAAGAAAGUAAGGAGGAUGUUAUGAGAGGUAGCAUACAGGCAGCUCUUGAUUCCUUGGGAAAGUCGAAUUUUAAUGUCACAAAGGGUGAUUUUAAAGCUGCAAUGAUUUAUAGGAAUUCUGCUAAAGGAUAUGCAGGACACAAAAAGACAGAUGAAGUGAUGAUGAACCAGACAAGUGAUAGGACUAAAGAAAAUAAGUCAGCAACAUCGUCUCCUGUGCCUCAAGCUGAAAAGGAAACUUUAAAAUCACCUGAGGGAACUGACACAACCCCUUGUGAAAGGUCACUUGAAAACAAACCAAAGACAUGUUCUCCUUUGCCUGUCUCUGUAGAAACAUCUGCUAAAAAUCGUAAAACUCCUGUUGGACCCAAACCAGCUAUCCCACCUAAACCAGAUCAUUUAAAACUUAAGCCAAACCCUCUUGGUUCUGAAACUGACGCAGAACGUCUCAACAAAUGCCAAGUCCCUCCUACUUCUUCAAAACCACCAACUGAGCAGAUUAAUGAAUCUUCAACUUCCAAACAAUGCCCGUCUCAUGAAAAUGCACUCUGCAAAAGAGCACAGCAUACUGAUGCUAAUGAACAUGAGCCCAGUGAUACAUCAGUGAGCAACACUGAAAGUCCUAAAGAUAAAAAGCUAAAUGGUGUAGAGGUUGUUGAAGAAACUCCAAAGAGCUCCCCAGAAAGCAUUGUCAAUGAAUCUUCCACAGGAUUUCAUGCUACUCUUCAAAACUUUGGGGUAAAGCCGAGUGGUUCAGUGCCUCCUGUAAAACCAAAAAGAAUCAAAAUGGCAAAAGAAAACGUGAAGAACUCCAUUAGCAACUCUACCACUUUGGAAACUGAAACAGCACAGGGAAUUCCUCCUCCUCACAACAAUGACCCCUCAGGCGAGACUUGUAAGACAGAUACCAACAACCGUGAAAAGAGAAAUGAUAAAAGCGAUGAUCAACAAGUUAGUGGAGUGGUGAGACGGGAAAAGAAAAUUAGAGGAGAGACUGAGGAUGAGCGAAGGCAGAGGCUCUCGGUGCACUUGGAUGAAAUCAUGAAAGGAAACGUGCCAGCUGUCAUGGAGAUCUUUGACAAGCUGAAAAAGCAAGACGAACUCAAAAACAUACUCUCCAAAGUGGAGGAAAUCGAAGAAGACACCAACAAAGUGGACGUGAGCUCACUUAAAAACAUUUUUGAGAGCGUACCUGAUUGGAUCGUGCCUCGGGAGAAGAAAAUCAAGCCAAAAAUAGUCCCACCAGAACAUACUGGAGCACCAAGUGAACCUGAGAUGAUGUCAUCAAUGGAGGUAGCUUUUGAGGACCUGGAGAAAGCUGGUGCUGAGAUCAUCCGUUUAAAAGACCAAACGCUUGCAAGACUCAUGGAUAUAGAGGAGGCCAUUAAAAAGGCUCUUUACUCAGUAUCGACUCUAAAAUCUGAUUCUGACAUUGUAGGACUUUCUGGUCUCUUCAGGGAGUCAAUGGUGGCUGUACAAGGUUCACCUCCUGCAGGUAAUAUCAGGAAAAUCAGCAUUGGGUCAAGCAAAUCACCAAAAGCUCAAAACCAGAUCGGAAAGAGAGUUUCUGAACAGUCAACAACAAAGAAAAAGCCAGAGCUUUUUAUUCCCACAACGAAACAGAGAUCAGCCUCACCAGCAUCUCCUUCGUUUAUUUCCAUUCAGUCUGCAGCGAGGAAGCCUACGGAGUCGCCAUCACCUCAGAUCAGUCCCCUGAAGGAAGAACCCAAAGAAGAGACCAAGCUGCAGUGCUGCUGUAGUGUGCCUUCAGACCGCAGGCAAUGUUCUGUCACAAAAGGAGCAUCCUCGAGCCCUGCGAAUCCACGGCGGCAGGUCAGUGUGCUGGAAGUGCAAACCGGGCCUGAAGUAGAGAGAGUCACCGGAACAAAAACCAUCAGCGAGAACUAUGAGAGGACGGACUGCUUUGGCAACAAAUUCUACUCCUCGAAAACCUCCACAGUCGUGACAACCCAACCUGAAACCAGGACAACUUCUAAAAAGCUCAUCAUGAGCAGUCCAGCCACAACGGAAAUUGUCACGUACCCAAGAAUCAACACACCUUUUAUUAGAGAAGACCGUCCCCCACUGUAAAUUUAUUUCGAAAUUUAUGUUGGUUUUGGUUGCAAUAUAAAUGAAAUUUAUCACAUCUAAUCAUG